AUGGGAGCCUUGGGUUCGCUCUGGGUUUUCUUCACUCUCAUCACGCCAGGAGUUCUUGGUCAGUGUAAGUCGCUGCCAAGGUAUACUUUUGCUAAGCCUACUAUUGAGAGUGAUAAGUCUGAGUUUGCUGUUGAAACAACUUGGGAGUACAAAUGCCUCCCUGGGUAUACUGGGAAGCCAUUCUCAAUCACCUGCUUAGAAACCUCCAAAUGGUCAGAUGCUCAGCAUUUCUGUAAACGUAGACAAUGUACACCUCCCAAAGAACUCCUCCAUGGCUCUGUGCAUGUAAAUACGGGUAUCACGUUUGGGUCAACAAUCACAUUUUCUUGUGAUAAAGGAUAUCGACUCACUGGUGACUCAUCUGCUACAUGUAUUGUCUCAGACAAGGGGGUAAUCUGGGAUAAUGACAUACCUUUUUGUGAAUCUAUUCCUUGUGGGUCACCUCCAGCCAUCGCCAAUGGGGAGUUCUACAGCAGCAGUAGAGACAGCUUUUUCUAUGGAAUGGUAGUAACUUAUCAUUGCCAUGUUGGAAAGAAUAGGGAAAAACUGUUUGACCUGGUGGGUGAGAAGUCAAUAUAUUGCACCAGCAAAGACAAUCAAGUUGGCAUCUGGAACAGUCCACCCCCUCGGUGUAUUGCUAUAGUCAAGUGCCCAGUGCCAGAAAUUGAAAAUGGACAUGUGGAGUAUGGAUUUAAACGCUCCUUCUUCUUAAACGAUACAGUAAUGUUUAAGUGCAAGCCUGGCUUUACUAUGAAAGGCAGCAAUGUAGUAUGGUGCCAGCCAAACAGCAAAUGGAGCCCUCCACUGCCAACAUGCUUCAGGGGAUGUCUACCACCUCAAAAUAUCCUCCAUGGUGAUCAUAACAAAAGAGAUGAGGAAUUCUUUUCUGUUGACCAGGAAGUGUCAUAUAGCUGUGAACCGGGCUAUACUCUCAUUGGAACUAACCUUGUGCGGUGUACAUCCUUGGGAACCUGGAGCCAUGCAGCCCCGGCAUGUGAAGUGAAGUCAUGUGAUGCCAUUCCAAACCAACUUCUCAAUGGCCAUGUGUUUCUUCCUCCUAAUCUCCAUCUUGGGGCAGAGGUUUCCUUUGUUUGUGAUCGAGGGUUCCAGUUAAAUGGCAAAUCUUCUAGUCAGUGUGUCCCAGAAGGAGAGACAGUAAUCUGGAAUAAUAAGUUUCCUGUUUGUGAACAGAUUUCUUGUGACCCUCCUCCUGAAGUUGAAAAUGCUCGGAAACUCCAUUAUUCUCUUCCCAUACCCCUUAAAACUGUUGUGCAGUACUCCUGUUUACUUGGCUUCCGCCUCAUUGGAGAAAAGACUCUUUUUUGUGAAAGUAAAGACCAAGUGAAGGGCACUUGGGAUAAAGCUCCUCCUGUAUGUGAAAAUUGGAAUAAAUUUUCUAAUUGUUUAGAGCCCAAAGUGCCAGGGGGAUUCAUACUUAGAAGUUCCAGACCACCAUUCGGACAUGGUGAUUAUGUGACAUUUACCUGUAGAGCCAACUUCACCAUGAAAGGAAGCAGAACAGUCUGGUGCCAAGCAAAUAAAAUGUGGGGACCAACACCACUGCCAAUCUGUGAGAGUGAUUUCCCUCUAGAGUGCCCAUCACUUCCCAUGAUCCACAAUGGACACCACACAGGACAGCAUGUUGGCCAGUUUGUUGCAGGGUUGUCUGUGACAUACAGUUGUGAUCCUGGUUAUUUGCUUAUUGGACAGAAGACAAUUAAGUGCUUAUCUUCAGGAGACUGGGAUGGUGCCAUCCCCAAAUGCAAAGAGGCCAAGUGUGAACCUCCAGGACAGAUUCCUAAUGGGCAGAUAAAAGGGCCUCUGAGUCUUCAGGUUGGCAAAAGUGUGUACUUCUCCUGUAAUGAAGGGUAUCAAUUACAAGGACAACCUUCUAGUCAGUGUGUAAUUGUUGAGCAGAAAGCCAUUUGGACCAAGAAGCCAGUAUGUAAAGAAAUUCUCUGCCCCCCACCUCCACCUGUUCUUAAUGGAAGACAUACAGGCAGCUUUUCAGCAAGCGUACCAUAUGGAAGCACAGUUAACUACACCUGUGACCCCAGCCCAGAGAAAGGCAUGAACUUCAUUCUUAUUGGAGAGAAGACUAUCUAUUGUACCAACGGCAGUAAGGAAAAUGGGAUCUGGAGUGGCCCUGCUCCACAUUGUGAACUUUCUGCAGUUCAGUGUCUAAAGCCCCAGACAGAUAGAGGACAAAUGUUAUCAAUUUUGAAAGAUAGAUAUUCCUAUAAUGACACUGUGACAUUGUCGUGUGAAUCUGGCUUCAACUUGAAGGGCAGCAAGAGAAUCCGAUGCAAUGCCCAGGGCUCAUGGGAGCCAUCGAUACCAGUGUGUGAAAAAGAAUGCCAAGCUCCUCCUCAAAUCAUCAAUGGGCAAAAAGAAGAUAUGCACUUCCUCAACUUUGACCCUGGAACAUCCAUAAGAUAUAGCUGUGACCCUGGCUAUUUACUGGUGGGAGAGGACACCAUACACUGUACUCCUGAGGGGAAGUGGACACCCACUGCCCCCCAGUGCAAAGUUGCAGAGUGUAAACCAGUAGGACCACAUCUCUUUAAGAGGCCUCAGAAUCACUUUAUUAGGACAGCUGUUAAUUCUUCUUGUGAUGAAGGGUCCCAGUUAAGUGAAAGUGCUUAUCAGCCGUGUCAAGGUACAAUUCCUUGGUUUAUAGAGAUUCGUCUUUGUAAAGAAAUCACCUGCCCACCACCUCCUAUUAUCCACAAUGGGACACAUACAGGAAGUUCCUCAGAAGAUGUCCCAUAUGGAACUGUGAUCACCUACAUGUGUUAUCCCCGGUCAGAGGAAGGCGUGCAAUUCAACCUCAUCGGGGAACACACCAUCCGCUGUACAAGUGACAGCAGAGGAAGAGGCUCCUGGAGUGGCCCUGCUCCUCUCUGUAAACUUUCCCUCCCUGCUGUUCAGUGCUCAGAUGUCCAUGUGGCAAAUGGACAUAAGGUCGUUAACAAGGAGGCCCCAUACUUCUACAAUGAUAGUGUGACAAUCAAGUGUAAUGAUGGAUACAUUUUGAAUGGAAGUAGUCAGAUUCGUUGUAAAGCCAAUAACACCUGGGAUCCUCAAAUUCCACUUUGUGAAAAAGAAGGAUGUGAGCCUGUGAGAGAACUCCAUGAGCUUCCAGAUGAUUCACAUGUAAAACUAGUGAAUAGAACCUGCCAACAUGGGUAUCAGUUGACUGGACAUACUUAUGAGAAGUGUCAAAAUGCUGAGAAUGGGAUUUGGUUCCAAAAGAUUGCAGUUUGUAAAGUUAUUCUCUGUCAGCCUCCACCAACGGUUGAAAAUGGGAGGCACACAGGCAUGAUGGAAGAGCACUUCCUGUAUGGGAAUGAAGUCUUUUAUGAAUGUGACCAAGGAUUUCAUCUUCAGGGAGAGAAAAGUUUGCAAUGCAGAAGUGAUCCUAAAGGACAUGGAUCUUGGAGUGGACCUCCACCAAAGUGCUUAAAAUCUUCUCCUCCAACUCAUUGCCCUGAUCCAGAAGUCAAGCAUGGAUACAAACUCAACAAAACUCAUUCUGCAUAUUCCCAUAAUGACACAGUACAUGUUGCCUGCAAUCCUGGCUACAUCAUGAAUGGCACUCACUUGAUAAGGUGUCAUACCAAUAACACAUGGGUACCAGGUAUACCAACUUGUAUCAGAAAAGCUUUCUUAGGGUGUCAUUCUCCAUCCACAAUCCCCAAUGGGAAUCAUACUGGUGGGAAUAUAGCUCUGUUUUCCCCUGGAAUGUCAGUCAUGUACAGCUGUUACCAAGGUUACCUUUUGGCUGGAGAGGCACUUCUUCUCUGUACUCAUGAGGGUACCUGGAGCCAACCAGCCCCCUAUUGUAAAGAGGUAAACUGUAGCUUCCCUGAGGAUACAAAUGGAAUGCAGAAGGGACUCAGGCUUGGGAAAAUGUAUCGGUAUGGAGCUACUGUGACUCUGGAAUGUGAGGAUGGGUAUACCUUGGAGGGCAGCCCUCAGAGCCAGUGCCAAGAUGACCACCAAUGGAACCCUCCCCUGGCUAUCUGCAAAUACCGGUCAACUAUUCCUCUUAUUUGUGGUGUUUCUGCAGGCUCAGUAGUUAUCAUUUUGGUUGGUGUCACCUUCUGUAUGAUGUUAAAACAUAAAGAACGCAAUUAUUAUACAAAGACAAGGCAUAAAGAAGGGGCUUUUCAUUUAGAAACACGAGAAGUAUAUUCUGUUGAUCCAUACAACCCAGCAAGCUGAUAACAUGACAAGUUGGUAUAUAAUGAAACUGAAAUACUAAUAUAUAUGUCAAGAUUAGCUUUAAUACUUUCUCAUGGUCUUUCUUAAACAUGGCCUUAAGUAAAUAUUGUUCUAUAUCAUUCUUAACUAGCCAUAGAGAAUAUUAUUAACUUACCUACUUUGUAUUGUCAACUGAAGGUCUUAGUUUAAAAUAUUGUCUAUUCAGU